AUGGCGCCGCCUCUCAUCCACAUCAUCUCCCUCAUCAGCCUCGACCUCGCCCUCCUCCCCUCCCCCCCUACCACCGGCUUUAAAGACUCUUGCGACGACACCUGGGUCGCUUGGUACAAUACGUACAUCACCGUCAAGUGCGAUAUUAAGACCGACAAGGGCAGCCAGCGAGCGUGGACCACCAUCGACAUGAGCGGCUGCUACACCAACUACGACGGCAGCCUGAUCUUCACCAUCGAAGGCAACGCGGGCGGAUCCUGCGAGUCGUGUGCGCGCUGCGGCGGUGACGAGGGCUGUUGGACCUGCCAGUGUCAUCGGGAUGAUACUACGAUGAAGAAUUCGACUCUGCAGCUGGGCUCCGGCUUGGGUGGUGACUACUGUGGAGGACCAGGCUUCCCUCCUGGAGUCACCGGUCCGCCUACCAGAGUCUAG